AUGGCAACUGGGAAGCAUGCCAUGGGCUCGGGGGAGCCUCUUGGUUCUCCCAUGCCUGACUUCCCUGGGACCCCGGACGUCGAGAUCCUUGAUGGCCCUGACAAGCCUGUUGCGAAGCCCUUCGACAAGCCAUUGGACCCCGUUGAUAGGAAGAGGAAGAGAGGAGGCCUGAUGGAGGAGGAGAUCAAUGUCUUCUGCAGCAUGACUGAGGUGGUGAAGGAGGUGGCAACAGCCAUCAGGGAGUGCAAGCCCCUCGACGUCCACCCUAACCUGUAUGGCGCUUUCAUGACCCAGGGUGGCUUCAGCAACGAGGCUCUCAUGGCAGCUCUCAGCCACCUGCUUGACAACAAGGCCCAGGGUGUUGGGUUCGUUGCCAUGGCCGACGCUCAUAGGGUGUUGUGGCUCAGGAGCUGGCUGGGCAAGCACUACUACUAG